CUGGAAUCAAACAAUAAUUUUACUGCAAAAUCCCUCUAUUAUCGUCUCUUCAAUUUCUAAAUUUCUGGGUUUUUUUUCCUUCUCGUCUUCUUCUUUUUAGGUGUUAUUUUUGCCCGGGAAAUGUCUUCUUUAUUCUCUAGCUUUAAGGGCACAGCCCAAUCCCUGACUUCAAUCCGCCGUCCGUGGCGGGAUUUCUUCGACAUCACUGCCGUCGACAUCCCGACGUCCUCCUCCGACUCCACCACCCGAAUCGCCCAAAACAUAACCCAUUUCCGCCUCAACUACACAAUAGUCCUCCUCGUAAUCCUCUGCUUAUCCCUGAUCUACCACCCUCUAGCCUUCGUCACUUUCCUCGUCAUCCUCCUCGCUUGGUUCUUCCUCUACCUCGCCCGCGAUCGCGAUGAGCCCAUUGUGAUCUUCGGCUCCCUGAUCGACGACCGCCUCGUCCUCGCCGCGCUUGUCGGGUUGACACUGGCCGGACUGGUCUUCACCGGCGUUUGGCGUAAUGUUCUGGUGGCGGUUGUCGUCGGAGUUUGUUUCGUGAUCUUGCAUGCGGUGUUGAGGAGUACGGACGAUUUGGUAAUGGAUGAUUUGGAGUCGCCCUAUGGACACGUGCUCGCUGAUGGGGAUGAGGAGCUCGAUAGUCCUAGAGGGGAUUAUUCUGGUAUUUGAUCAUUUGGGUCUUCUCUUUAGAUUGAACAUAGUCAUUUGCAGAAUUGUUUAACGUAGUCUCAUUGUUGACCAUGAAAAAUCAUCAGAAAUUAUCAGUUUUUUUUUUCAUUUUCCCACUACAAUCUCUUGCAUGUUUUCAAUAUUCUUGAACUGUUACGUUCUAAAAUUACUUUGAAUGGAAGUUGCUACUGUUGUUUUAGUUGAAU